AAAGUGUGCUCGCGAUUUUUCCAUCGGUUCUCGAACGAUGUUACUCUGUGACCGGUUGGACAUGAUGAUUUCGGUGUUGGUCGAUUGAACAAGAUCGAGAUUACGAAAUAUAUGUAGGACUUUUCAGUGACGAAACGUGAAGACAGCUGAUGAAACUUCUACUAUGCGAAGACAUGACUCCUGGUGCUCUUCAAGCGUGUGCUCGCAAAGUUCCGUGCGGGAGGGAGUAGGUGAGACUUGGCGACGGGUAGGAGGGGUGUUCUCGGACACCAAAAGCUGGGGCACCCUGACGAGGAGGUCCUGGAGGAGGAGGUGGCUCGUAGGAGAGAGGAAAGAAAGGAGGUGACCAUCCACCCCACAUGGACGCCACCCCCAAAGGACCCUCCGUACCCCCCACACCGGAUAUCCUGUUACCAUUAUUUAGCCGCAGAAUAUCCAACCUGAACGUAAGGGCGCCAUUCAUUGUCCUGCAUCCUCGUCAACGUUCCCGUCGAAUAUCGGGACGUACCUCGCCGCUUGAUGCUCCUCGUACGACGGAAACGACCACCUACGCGUCAUCGUUAUCUUACACGUGCCUCAAUUUCUCUCGUAUUUUUCAUCGUAAAUUGAAACAAUUCCCGAUUCUACAAUAUCACCACGUACACGGUGAUAUUGGUGAACCGGUUCGUUCGCGAAAAAAGAACGAUCUAAAGAACUACACAGGAACAACAACAACGUCGUCGAUACUGACAUCGAGAAACGCCAGUCGUUCCUGGUGUCCAUUGACGAGGACCAUCGUUCGAACAAGAACAACAACAGCAUCAAAAAGAAGAAUAGACGUACCAACGUACGCAGGAAUAAUAUUCUCAACGUACGGUGGCAGCAAGUCCUUUUUUACCCACACUUUUACACCACGGCGGUCGUGCCGUAAAUUUGAUGCAUUUUUUACGACACCGGUCGUUGCGAAUCGUCGCCGAGCCGGGAAAGUACUUUUAAGAGGAGUCACCUUCCACGCGAAACAUAUCCACAGACUACUACUCCGUCCAAAAGCGCCUAACUACGAGCUGCAGCCUAAUAGACCACGCAAACAAUGUCGCGCAGUGCUGCCACGCGUCCUAUGCAAGAAACGGAGAGGAGAAUUCGCGCCAAUAAUCGCGAGUUUAACUCACAGUUUAAUUAUGCGAACAACUACAUCAAGACGUCCAAGUAUUCGGUUCUGACGUUCCUACCAUUAAAUUUGUUCGAGCAAUUUCAGCGGCUCGCUAACUUUUACUUCCUAUGCCUGCUGGUGCUUCAGAUCAUCCCUGCUAUCUCCUCCUUGACCCCCAUCACUACAGCCAUACCCCUUAUAGGGGUGCUCAUGCUCACUGCCGUCAAAGAUGCCUACGACGAUUUCCAACGGCACAGCAGCGAUUCGCAAGUGAACAAUCGAAAGUCACAAACGUUGCGAGGUACUAGUCUUCGUGAGGAAAAAUGGUCACAAGUGCAAGUAGGCGAUGUAAUUAGAAUGGAGAAUGAUCAAUUCGUUGCAGCCGACGUCCUUCUUUUAUCUACUAGUGAGCCAAAUGGUCUUUGUUAUAUCGAAACCGCAGAAUUAGAUGGGGAGACGAAUUUGAAGUGUAGGCAGUGUUUAGCUGAGACUGCCGAGAUGAUGGAUAACCACGAAUUGAUCGGUCAAUUUGACGGGGAAAUUGUUUGUGAAACUCCUAAUAAUUUGUUAAAUAAAUUUGAUGGUACUCUUACGUGGAAAGCACGGAAAUACCCAUUGGACAACGACAAAAUUAUAUUACGAGGUUGCGUGCUCAGAAACACGCAGUGGUGCUAUGGUGUGGUCAUCUUUGCAGGCAAGGAUACCAAAUUGAUGCAAAACUCAGGGAAGACCAAAUUUAAGAGGACCUCUAUAGAUAGGCUGCUGAAUCUUCUCAUCAUCGGGAUAGUGUUCUUUUUACUUUCUAUGUGUUUGUUCUGUAUGAUCGGCUGUGGUAUUUGGGAGAGCCUUGUCGGCCGUUAUUUCCAAGUGUAUCUACCUUGGGACUCGUUGGUGCCUAGCGAGCCUAUGGGUGGUGCCACAGUGAUCGCUCUGCUUGUGUUCUUUUCUUAUGCUAUCGUAUUGAACACAGUGGUGCCAAUCAGUUUAUAUGUGAGUGUCGAAGUUAUCAGAUUCGUUCAAUCGUUUUUGAUCAACUGGGACGAAGAGAUGUACUAUGCACCUACGAACACCCAUGCUAAAGCAAGGACUACUACAUUAAACGAAGAGUUGGGACAGAUAGAAUAUAUAUUUUCCGAUAAAACCGGAACAUUGACACAGAAUAUCAUGACUUUUAACAAGUGUUCUGUGGCAGGAAAAUGUUAUGGGGACGUUAUCGAUGAAGUUACCGGUGAAGUCGUCGAUUUAAGUGAGACAAUGCCACCAUUGGAUUUCUCGUUUAACAAGGAUUACGAACCGGAGUUCAAGUUCUACGAUUCUGCGUUGCUCGAAGCUGUAAGGCGGAAUAACGAAGAUGUUCAUAGUUUCUUUCGAUUGUUGGCACUUUGUCACACGGUUAUGCCAGAAGAAAAAAAUGGCAAGCUGGAGUAUCAAGCGCAGUCACCGGAUGAGGCUGCCCUUGUAUCUGCCGCUAGAAACUUUGGUUUUGUAUUCAAAGAAAGAUCUCCGAAUAGUAUAACGAUCGAAGUUAUGGGGAAACGCGAAGUAUAUGAGCUGCUUUGCAUUCUGGAUUUUAAUAAUGUUAGAAAAAGAAUGUCUGUAAUUUUGAGGAAGGACGGGCAUCUUCGGCUGUAUUGUAAAGGAGCGGACAACGUUAUCUACGAACGAUUAAAAAAGGGUAGUGACGACAUCAUGGCGACAACAUUGGAACAUCUUAAUAAAUUCGCGGGUGAGGGCUUAAGAACAUUGUGCCUUUCGGUCAGAGAUCUGGAUGAGCAAUUUUUCAACGAUUGGAAACAACGUCAUCAAGAAGCUGCCAUGAGUCAAGAGAAUAGGGAUGAUAAGCUAGAUGCUAUUUACGAAGAGAUAGAGAAAGAUAUGACUUUAUUGGGCGCUACUGCCAUUGAAGAUAAGUUGCAAGAUGGUGUACCUCAAACUAUUGCUAAUUUAAGUCUUGCUGGUAUCAAGAUCUGGGUAUUGACUGGUGACAAACAAGAAACGGCUAUCAAUAUUGGCUAUUCCUGCCAGUUGUUGACAGACGACCUUACGGAUGUUUUUAUAGUAGAUGCCACCACCUAUGAUGGCGUUGAAAAUCAGUUAUCGCGGUACUUGGAAACUAUCAGAACAACCUCAAAUCAUCAAAAUCGGCCGACUCUCUCCGUUGUCACAUUCAGGUGGGACAAGGAAAGCAGUGAUACUGAAUACAAUCCUAGUAGAGAUGAGCAAGACGAACACGAAAUGGAACAGGCAACAGGAUUCGCGGUAGUUAUUAACGGGCAUUCCAUAGUUCAUGCAUUACAUCCGCAACUUGAGCAACUUUUCCUUGAUGUAUCAAGCCAAUGUAAAGCUGUGAUAUGUUGUCGCGUUACUCCUUUACAAAAAGCAAUGGUAGUCGAAUUAAUAAAGAAAAAUAAGAAUGCUGUAACUUUGGCAAUUGGUGAUGGAGCUAACGAUGUCUCGAUGAUAAAAACAGCUCAUAUAGGUGUUGGCAUCAGUGGUCAAGAGGGGUUACAAGCUGUACUAGCAUCCGAUUAUUCGAUAGGACAGUUCAGAUUUUUGGAAAGACUGCUCCUUGUUCAUGGUAGAUGGUCAUAUUAUAGAAUGAGCAAAUUCCUUAGAUAUUUUUUUUACAAAAACUUUGCGUUUACACUAUGCCACAUCUGGUUUGCCUUUUUCUGUGGAUUCAGCGCACAGACUGUAUUUGAUCCUAUGUACAUUUCUGUCUACAAUCUCUUUUAUACAUCAUUACCUGUAAUGGCAGUUGGUAUAUUUGAUCAAGAUGUUAAUGAUAAAAAUAGUUUAAUGUAUCCGAAACUUUACGCACCCGGAUUACAAAAUUUACUUUUUAAUAAAAAGGAAUUUUGCUGGAGUGCCAUACAUGGUUUUUUUGCUAGUUGUGUAUUAUUUUUAGUUCCAUAUGGAACGUAUAAGGAUGGAGUGUCACCAAAGGGCUAUGUACUUUCUGAUCAUAUGUUACUCGGAAGUGUUGUAGCCACUAUAUUAGUCAUAGUCGUGACUGUCCAAAUAGCCCUUGAUACAUCGUAUUGGACGAUUGUUAAUCAUAUUAUGGUUUGGGGCUCGCUCGUUUGGUAUUUUAUUUUAGAUUAUUUCUAUAACUUCGUCAUAGGUGGUAGUUAUGUUGGCAGCCUUACGAUGGCAAUGUCGGAAGCAACGUUUUGGUUUACGGCGGUUAUUUCCUGUAUCAUAUUAGUAAUACCUGUUCUGUCGUGGAGAUUCUUCUUCAUAGACGUUAGGCCAACAUUGUCUGACAGAGUUAGGCUUAAGCAGAGGUUGGCACAGCUUCGUUCUCGCCAAAGUCAAGAUAUACUUCGUACACCAUCCACAAGGCGGACACGACGAUCUCUUCGUUCGGGAUACGCUUUCGCGCAUCAAGAAGGUUUUGGCAGACUCAUCACAUCCGGCAAGAUUAUGCGGAAAUUACCAAAUGGUGCAGAUUUUAAGUUUGCCAUGCCAUUUACGAACAAUACCAGCAAACAAGUUAGUGUUGCCACUACGUCACCAAAGGACAAUGCAUCCAAAAAUUCGCACACGUUGGAUACUAUUAAUCUAUAAUCUGGACAUUAUAUUGUAAGUCUUUCCACCAUCUAUUCAAUUUCGGAUGAAUGGUUUGCUAUAAGCUAUGUAGCAGCAUUAAUACGAAAAAGUUAUUCAAAUUUUUGCAAAUGAAUUUUUUAUUUCAACACGGACCGAAUUUUCUAAAUACGAUAUUUAGGAUCGUGACGUUUCGUUAUAUUUGCAAUCUGUUCUCGUUACAUGUAACACAAACACACA